CUUGAAGACAUUUGUAAUAAAGGAAACCAACCAUGAACAAUCUAUUCUCAUCUUCUUUCUCUCGCUUCCGAAGCGAAGAAUCUUCCCCCGAUCACCACCACGCAGUCCAGAUGUCGGAAUCGGCUUCCACCCCGCGCGGCGUUAACCUCGACAAGUUCUUCGACGAUGUCGAGUCCGUCAAAGACGAGCUGAAGGAGCUCGAGAGGCUCAACGAAGACCUCUCCUCGUCUCACGAGCAGAGCAAGACGAUGCACAGCGCGAAAGCCGUGAGGGAUUUGAGAGCCAAGAUGGAUGGUGACGUAUCCAUGGCGUUGAAAAAGGCCAAGCUCAUUAAGGUUCGCCUGGAAGCUCUUGACCGGUCCAACGCCGCUAACAGGAGCUUGCCUGGGUGUGGACCGGGAUCCUCCUCCGACCGGACGAGGACUUCGGUUGUGAACGGGUUGAGAAAAAAGUUGAAGGAUUCCAUGGAGAGUUUCAAUGAAUUGAGGGAGAGGAUCUCGUCUGAGUACAAAGAUACUGUUCAGAGAAGAUAUUUUACGGUUACCGGAGAAAACCCAGAUGAAAAGACCCUUGAUCUUUUGAUUUCAACAGGGGAGAGUGAGACAUUCUUGCAAAAAGCUAUUCAAGAACAAGGAAGAGGAAGAGUUUUGGACACGAUCAAUGAGAUUCAAGAAAGACACGAUGCUGUGAAGGAUUUGGAGAGGCAUCUCAAGGAGUUGCACCAAGUUUUCAUGGACAUGGCUGUGCUGGUUCAGGCUCAAGGUGAGCAAUUGGAUGACAUUGAGAGCCAAGUGAACCGAGCUAAUUCAUUUGUGAGAGGUGGAACUGAGCGGCUGCAAACAGGUAGGAAUUACCAGAAAAAUACCCGGAAAUGGACUUGUUAUGCUAUCAUAAUUUUGCUGCUCAUCAUCUUGUUUGUCGUGUUAUUCACCGUGAGACCAUGGGAAAACAACGGUGGCGGCGGCAAGGGUAACAACAUUCCUACUCCACCUCCACCUUGAAAAGUUGCUUUGAUCAGCCAUCAAUCAGAGUGUUACCUAUGCAGUAUUGUUAUUUGAGAGACUAUAGUUUUUUCAUUUUCCUUUCUAUUUUUUGGAUUAAUUUUAAUGAAUCUAUCUGAGAGUUGAAUUGAAUUGGUUUGAGCUCCCCAGUCUGCAUUACAUAACAUUUGGGGACACACAGGGCUGCAGAUUGGAGUUGGGAAAGGGAUGCCAUCAUUUCUUGUUCUUGGAGUCGGAUACACCAUUUUGAUUGUUGAUUCUUUCUUGUAACUAGCAAUAGUUUUGGUUUAGUUUUUUCA